AUGGACAGAUCAGCCGAUGGAGACGGACCGGUGGCAGUAGCGGCCGCAGCUGAAGAGAUCCUGCAGCCGGAGCGGAAGAUUGUUCGCCGGAGACUGGUACAGUCCACGUUGUUCCCUCAUAAAUCGCCGGAAAUCGAAUUGAACAGUGAAAAAAAGUUCGAUAAAAACUGCAAUGACGAGGAUGACCAUUUUCAAGGUGAGGAGUAUCGUGGGAGUCAGAAUAAGAAGAAGAGAACGCGAAAGGGAAAGACAACUCCACAAACCAGAACUCCUAAAAAGUCUAUGCUGCUACCGCACGAAUCACCGGAGACGGAAUCCAGCUGUGAGAAAAAACGCGAUAAAGAAUGUAAUGGUGAGUGUGGGGAUGGCGAAGGUGAAGAGUACUGUGGAAAUCGGAAGAAGACAACACGGAAAGGAAGGGCAACUCCACAAAGUAAAACUCCUAAAAAGUCAAAGGGUAAAUCACCUAUGAGCGGUACACCUAAAAAGAAUGGCUCCAGUAAUGGGAAUGGUAUUGUUAAUCUGGUAGUGAACCAGGAUGCAUCACCACCAAUUCCUAAUUUGAGGUUAGAGGCCAAGAUGACAGCUGAGGAAAAUUCGCUUAUGUUUGCUGGAAAGCAAAUGCACCCCUUUUUCUCAUCAUGGAAUGUGAGUAAGAGAUGUAACGAGACAACUGAAGUGGAAAGUGAUUAUUGCUCGGUCCAGAGAAAAGAUAAAAGGAUCAAUAUUGGUCCUAUUCACAUCUUUGAAAGGGAUCAGGAGGAUGCUAGGUCUCUUGAUUGGAGUGAUUGGAAGGUUUGUGAGAAAUCAUUUAUCAAUAGCAGUUGUAGUCUAGAAUGCUCCUUCUCGUCAAACUUUGAAGGCUUCAUUGGAACAUUAGGCAUAAAUGAUUUCCCCACUGCAUCACAUCCCCCCAGUAGACUUCUUCAAGAAAAUGCAUCUUUGGAUCAAUGCCUUUGUCAACAAGAAUUUGUGUGUGAAGCACCAGCAAUAUUCUCUUCCACAUCAUCAGAUGCGCAGGUGGGAUGCUGUCAACUUGUAGAGGAUACAAAAACUGACUGUGAAGUUGUUGAAGUUGGUUUCUUUUCUGGUUGUACAAGAAAAUCAGUUGCCAAGCAGCAGAGUGACCUUCUUCAAGAAAGGACUGUCCCAUCCUACCUUAGUUGCACAAAUGAGUUUGAGGACAGAUUAUGGACGGAUAAAUACAAGCCAAAGAAGGCCACUGAGGUAUGUGGAAAUGAUGAAUCAGUGAAACUUUUGAGUGGGUGGCUUCGUUCUUGGCAACAAAGAGGUCUUCAAGCCUGCUCAGAAACCUCCAGUGGUGAUGCAUGUGAUAGACAAGAUGCUGAUUAUAACCGUUCCCAAUGUGGCUCUGAUUCAGAAAACAAUAAUGAAGGGGCCAGACUUAAGAAUGUUCUUUUGAUCUCUGGACCAACUGGGGCCUGCCAGUAUGUUCUGAGGAAUCAUUCCGAGAAUUCUAUUCAUAUUGUGGAUUUGUUUGAGUUUUAUGUUUUACAAUGUGGAUGUGGCCUAUUCUGUUCACACUCCACUUUAGAGGAUGCUAAAUGUAUUGUUUUUAGAAGUGGGAAGUCUGCUGCUAUCUAUGCUUGUGCAAAGGAAGAAGGAUUCAAAGUUCUGGAGGUCAAUGCAUCAGAAUGUCGAAAUGGAGCUGUGGUGAAGCAAAGAUUUGGAGAGGCGUUAGAGUCGCAUUCCCUUGAAUGGUCACAGGAAAUUCAUGUGGGACCACGGAGCAACAACAUUACAAAAUUUCCCUCGGACCUUCCUGAUGGUAAAUUGGCGCAAGAUUUGUACAGCAAGAUGAUUGAGGUGAUACCAGUAUCAAAUGAGGAUGAUUCUCUUGGAGCCACUGAGGCCACUUGUAAGUGUGCUUCCAAGGAGAGGACAGUUGCCUGUGGUCGAGGGCAACUUAAACCCUUGAUUCUUUUUGAAGAUGUGGAUAUUACUUUUACUGAAGACCGUGGCUUUGUUGCUGCAAUACAACAAAUAGCUGAAAAAGCGAAGGGGCCUGUGGUACUGACCAGCAAUAGUGAAAACCCUGUUCUUCCUGCCAGUUUGGACAGGAUGGAAGUUUGUUUUAUGAUGCCAUCGGAGAAGGAGCUUCUUCGGCAUGCAGAUAUGGUUUGUUUUUCUGAGGAGGUCAACAUUCAACCUCAUUUACUAGAGCAAGUAGUUGGAUAUUGUCAAGGAGAUAUCCGGAAAACCAUUAUGCACCUUCAGUUCUGGUUUCAGGGCAGACAAAUCAGAAAACUGCCUCCAGGUAGAGAAGCAGAAAGACUGUUUGGCCCGCUGAUGUUUGAUCCUGAGGCUGUGCAUCGAGUAUUGCCAAUGAUGAUGCCAUGGGAUUUCCCUUCUCAGCUAUCUGAGCUAGUUGAAAAGGAGAUCACAACUUCAUUGUCUAUGAUGGAAGAAAAUUCUGUCUCCUUGGAGGUCAUAGAAGAAGAUAUCGCAGAUAAAGAAAUGCAGAAUAACAUAAAGAUUCAUAAUUAUGACAAAGACAGUAUAGAGGCCAGGAAACAAGCAAUUUUAGACCAGAAUUGCUCUGAUCAGCAUUGCGAUCUCUUCGAAAUUCCUUUUGAUGCAGUAUGUGAUGUUUUUGAUUCCCCAGGAACCCCGGUGUCAUUCUCUCGGAGAAACGGUAGAAGGACUCUUGGUGUCGUAAUGUCUUCUGAUUCUGAAGAUGAGUUGGUCACUGAUAGAGUUCCCUUAACUAUAGACAGGUUUACUAAGAAUGAAUUAAUACUUGAAGCUGAUGGUGCAUUUCCCUCUCAUUGUCCAAGCACGCAAAAUUGCUUAAGCCCAUCAACUGACAUGCACUUUUGUUCUGGAGCUGAGAAACUAGAUGAAAAUAGUAAUCAAUGUCCAGAUAUAGCAAUUGAUUUGCAUGUAAAAGAGACAUCAAUAUCAGUUGAUGUAUCAUGUGUGCCAGAAUCAACAUUUGUUCCCGAAACACAAAUUAAUGAUGUUUCAUUUAGCAGGGCGUCCUGCACUCAAGUAGCUGAUACUUUGGAAGAAGUUUCAGUGAGCAAUGAGUUCAAGCAAAACCUAUGGCCGGUUGAAACAGACAAUCUUGACAAACUUGUGCCCAAAUUACAACAUAAUUCUAUUAUGUCGGUAAGUACUCGUGAUGUAAUCCCGGAAUCAUCUCAUGAAGAGGUGGAAGAUUCUCAAAAGGGACAUGCAGAAGCUGUUACAAGAGAAUAUCAAGUGAUGGAUGAGUGUAGCCGCAUGGAUUUCAAUAAGAAAUCCAAGCCAGUGGAGAAAUUUCCAUCUUGUAUGAUGACUGAUUUAGUACGUGAGUCUUGGAGAAGACUUCGUGAUCAUCACACGGAUCUAAGACAUUUUGUCAUCUCAGAAGUCAAAGAUGCUAAUGGGAUGAUAGAACUCGCUUAUGGUAUGAGCAAUCUGAUUUCAGAAGCUGAACUAUUGCUUUCAAAGCACCGAACUUCGGAUUUCCUGGGAUUGUCAACAGUCCUUUCCGAGGUAUUGGAUGCAUUCAGCUGGUCUGAUGAGCAUUUGCAGAUGUCAUCAACAAUAGCACAGCAAGGAUUUUGCUUCUAUGCCAAAGAACUUGCUAAUGUAGGGUUAAAAAUGGGUUUGGAUUCCAAGGUAGAUUUCACCUGGGAGAUGCUUUCUACUGCUAGUAUGAUGGAAUUUGAUAACUUGGCAAUACAGAAUUUGAGUAGUAAGAGCUCACAUUCUGGGAUGAGUACUGAGAUGAGCCUACCAGAAAGUGGGGCAUCGUCAAAUAGGUAUAGAGCUCAACUCUGUUCUACUCAUGCUCAUACUGUCACAUCCUUUGCAGACUGA